AUGACGUCCAAUAACGGAAUGGCUAUAGGGAAAUUGACACCAGCGUUGGUCGCGGCACUCUUUGAAAGGGCACACGACAAGCAAUUUAUCAUCCAACUUGAGAAUUCAAUGGUUGAAUUCAUGGGCUCACCCGCGGAAGCGUAUCAAUUGGAACCAAUGAAUUCCUAUUACAGACUUCUGGCUCAUCAUGUUGCAGAGUAUCACGGAUUGGGGCAUUCGUUGUCUAGAAAUAAUGACGCAUGUGUCGUGGUAUUUAAGGGAGAGACUUUUCUAAGAGACAAAUCCAUUGUGCUACUUCAAAACCUUGAUCCUUCGUGUGUAACAAAUGCAGUAGACACACAGCGAUCCGAAAGCAAGCAGAGUGCAUCGAAGUCAAUGAUUGCCCAGGAAACAAGGCAAGUAUAUAAUUCCGCUGGUCUGAAACCACUGGCCGCAGUAUCAGAAAAAGAGGGGACCAGAACCCCAGAGACCCCCAGCACCCCUAAAAAACCGAUUCCUAUUGAGGAUGACUCGCCUCAACCGCAUCAAUUCGAGACUUCGCGAUACAGGUUCAGACAACAAUCUGAAAAACCCCGGAGGCGCAAAAAUUAUAAAGGUUCCACCAACCGAACGGCUCAGCCUGUAUACUUUCCUCCGCCACCUGCUUUUCCAGUCCCUUACAUGCUCUACAAUCCAUACCCAAUGAUGUUUGUGCCACCUGAGCGCCAAUUCUCACAGUUCGCGCCGGUGGCGCCUGUUGGGCAAUACCCAAACCCAAACCCGUUCAUAUACGGACAUCCCGCCCACAAUAAGGUCGAGCCUUACGGGCCAAACGGUAGCAGCAGUACAUUCUCAUCCAUGAGGACGUACAAGACAGAGGACUCCGAGUCUUUGGAAUCGUUAAGCAAAGACGCUUCUGAAAAGCAAGAGCCCAGGAUGUCCAGGAAGGACUCUGAAACAAGCGUCGGAAAGAUUAGUGAUAAAAUGGAUAAAUUAGGGUUAUAA